AUGGAGCACCUUUCAGUGACGAAGAACAGCCAAAUGAACAACCUAGCGGCGUACAAUAAUCAGGAGGCAAACUACAGUUUGACAGCCCCAAACCAGGAGACAUACUCACAAAACGACCUGUUCUACACCUUUUAUGACAAAUUUAAUGAAAUUUUCUUGUUCAUACAAAAUUUGAAAGAAAAUAAAAAUGACUUGGAAGACGAAGUAGAUGACAAUUUAAUAAAAACUUUACACAACUUAUGUCUUGAAUUUUUAAAUUAUAUCAAACACAUAAACGAUUUUGGUCAUAUGAAUUUAAGUAAAAAUGAGCAGGAUUUAAUAAUCGAAUCGUACGAGAAAUUUGUGCGACAGUGCAAACAGUACAACGACAAGCCGCAAGUGAAACAGCUGGAAAAUGAAAUUUCGAAUUUGCUCGACCUGCUCUUUAAUAACACCUCAGAGGCAGUGAAUACCCUCUUCUCCGCGGACUCUUUUUUUAUGGACCACGUGGAAAACUUGAAGCUGAAGUUAACCGAAAGAAACCAAAAAAUUGAGUUCGAAAAGGAAAGAGUGAAGAAGCUGGAGCUGGAGGCGAAGGUGGAAAAAUACGAUGAGAUGUUCGAGAAGAACAAGCAAAAGAAUAACGAAAUGGACGAAACGUUAAGCAAGCUUAAGAAGGAUAUCAAUAAGCUGAACGAAAAAAUACAAAAAUACGACAACUACGUCAAAAAGAAGCGCAAAGAAAUUGACAUCAACUUUUCGGAUACGUUGGACUGCAAGGAAAGGAUCAAGCUGUUGGAGGAGCACAUAAAGACAGUCGAACGGAACAUCAAAACAACGCAGUUGUCACCCCUCAAAAUUGUAGAAAAAACGGAGCACUAUAUCAUUUUCGAGUUCACGACAAUACGCAGCGUCAUGCAAUUCAAAGUGAGCAAUUAUCAGUCAAAGAAUGCGCAAGUGGAAAUCAACCCCUGUGACGAACAUAUUCUGUCUUACAUAAAAUCGAACAUAAAUAAAUGUAAAGAUAUUUCAGAGAUAACUUACUUAAUCAAAGAGGCCAUAUACUUAAAAUUUCUGGACAUUUGAGCUUAUCUUUCUUUUAACCAUUUGGAAGAAUAAUCCCACAAAAGGGGGGGAAAAAAAAAUCCCUAACCUGUGCGUGUAUUAUUAACCGUUUCGCUUACCACCAACAGUGCGUUGUUGCAUAAAUGAGCGAACUGAAUUUUCAUAUGUUCACUUUUUGAAUUUAAAAUAAUUUUUUUUUUUAGUGAAAAUGCAUUGAAGAAAUGCCUGUUAUGAACGUACGUCUAUUUGUGUGUGCGCGCAUAGUGAUGCCCCUACUCCCUUGGGCGUAUUUUUCGACUCCCAUUUUUUUUCUUUUCCGUGCAUUUGAGUUUGACGUGUCAAAAUGGUUCGCUUCAGUUGCGUUUAAAAUAG